GGCCCCAGCUGGGUCAGGGCUGGCGGACCAGGCUUGAUUCUGCCUGUAGUGGCCACCACUCCUGAAGCCUCAGCCUGCACCAUGAGCGGCCGAGUCGGAGACCUGAGCCCCGUGCAGGCAGAGGCAUUGGCCAAGUUCCGAGAAAAUGUCCAGGACGUGUUGCCUGCCUUGCCCAACCCUGAUGAUUAUUUCCUUCUGCGCUGGCUCCGAGCUCGGAAUUUUGACCUGCAGAAAUCAGAGGCCAUGCUCCGCAAGUACAUGGAGUUCCGGAAGACCAUGGACAUUGACAACAUCCUUGAUUGGCAGCCCCCAGAGGUGAUCCAGAAGUAUAUGCCUGGGGGGCUGUGCGGCUAUGACCGUGAUGGCUGCCCCAUGUGGUAUGACAUCAUCGGGCCACUCGACCCCAAGGGACUGCUCUUCUCAGUCACCAAGCAGGAACUGCUCAAGACCAAGAUGAGAGACUGUGAGCGCAUCCUGCAUGAGUGUGACCUGCAGACAGAGCGGCUGGGGAAGAAGAUCGAGACCAUUGUGAUGAUAUUUGACUGCGAAGGCCUGGGACUGAAGCAUUUCUGGAAACCUCUGGUGGAAGUAUACCAGGAGUUCUUUGGCCUCCUUGAAGAGAAUUACCCAGAGACCUUGAAGUUCAUGCUCAUUGUGAAAGCCACCAAACUGUUCCCUGUGGGUUACAACCUCAUGAAGCCCUUCCUAAGUGAGGACACUCGCAGGAAAAUUAUAGUGUUGGGAAACAACUGGAAGGAAGGUUUGCUGAAAUUCAUCAGUCCUGAGGAACUGCCUGUCCAAUUUGGCGGAACAAUGACUGACCCAGAUGGGAAUCCCAAGUGUAUAACCAAGAUCAACUAUGGUGGGGAGAUCCCCAAGUCCAUGUAUGUGCGGGACCAGGUGAAGACUCAAUACGAGCACUCAGUGCAGAUCAACCGUGGCUCUUCCCACCAGGUGGAAUACGAGAUUCUGUUUCCAGGCUGUGUCCUCAGGUGGCAGUUUUCAUCUGAUGGUGGGGACAUCGGCUUUGGGAUUUUCCUGAAGACCAAGAUGGGGGAGCGGCAGCGGGCAGGGGAGAUGAUGGAGGUGCUGCCCAGCCAACGCUGCAAUGCCCACAUGGUGCCUGAAGACGGGAGCCUCACCUGCUCAGAGGUUGGCGUCUAUGUCCUGCGCUUCGACAACACCUAUAGCUUUGUCCACGCCAAGAAGGUUAGCUUCACAGUGGAAGUGCUGCUCCCCGAUGAGGGCAUGCAGAAAUACGACAAAGAGCUCACUCCUAUCUAGCUGGCUUCCUCCCUUCUCAGACACCCCUAACCCUCUGCUUUCUCUCUAUGUAUCUUGCUCUCCCUCCCUGAAAUAGAUCGUUAGUCCUCCUGACUCUGUCUGUGACUUAGUGAGUACAGAAAGAGCUGUGCUUGGGAAGAUUCAUCUGCUGUGGUCAGAUCAGGAAAGGCAUGAGAGACACAGCCUUGGAGGAUGCAAAGGCUGCAGAAGAGAAAGAAGCAAGGGUAAAAGCAAGAGGCAGAUGUCACUGAAACCCAAGAAAUAGGAAAAUGAAUCCCCCAGCUUUUGUCUUCACCUAUCCUACAGCAUUUGUGAGUGCUUGAAUUCCUUCCCUGUGAUCUGUGAACAACUUGUGUUGAAGAUGCAUCUAAAUCCUUUUGCUUCCACUCCCUAUACAGUAGAUGCUCAGUGUAUACUUGUGGGGUGAGUGGAGGACUAGAAGUUAGGGAGCAGGCAAUUCAUGGGUGCGAAUGACAAGGAGGAUCCUACAUUGGGUGGAUUUCAGAACCUUGGACAGGGGCAGAGGUGUGGAGGGGAUGGACUCUUUCCUGGAGUUUCAGGUGAUCUGGCCCCCAGAUUCCUGGCAAUGGCUGCCUCUUGGAGUCCCCAGGCUGCAAAGGCCAUGUGCCUCUGAUAGGAGAUGCCUACAUCAGGCUUUGUCUAAUUUGGGGUGCUUUUCCUUCCCCAUCCAUCACUCCCACUCUCACCCCCUUCCCUUGGAGCUCACAGUUGUUUUGAGCAAUUAAAGGAAUUUUUCUGGAAGCAAAAGAAGUCACAUCUGGC